CAACGAACCCCACAUCCCUUUGGUUGCAUUCCUUCCUCUCCUCUCCUCUCUUCUUCCUCUCGUCUCUUGGCUUCUUCCUUAUCGCCAUCGUCAUCCUCCCUCCAAGUCGUCCAAGCGAUCGACGUCCAUCGUGUCGUCGUCGAAGCAGUGCACGCCAGCCGCAAGCAAUACACAGCAAUGGGGAGGUCACCGUGCUGCGACCAGGACGCGGGGGUGAAGAAAGGCCCGUGGACGCCGGAGGAGGACAAGCUGCUGGUCGACUACAUCAAUGAGCACGGGCACGGGAGCUGGCGCCGCCUGCCCAAGCUCGCCGGGCUCAACCGCUGCGGCAAGAGCUGCCGCCUCCGCUGGACAAACUACCUCCGCCCGGACAUCAAGCGCGGCCGGUUUACCGACGACGAGGAGAAGCUCAUCAUCCACCUCCACUCCCUCCUCGGCAACAAGUGGUCCUCCAUCGCCACCAAGCUCCCCGGCCGCACCGACAACGAGAUCAAGAACUACUGGAACACGCACCUCCGCAAGAAGCUGCUCUCCAUGGGGAUCGACCCCGUCACGCACCAGCGCCGCACCGACCUCAACCUCCUCGCCGCAGGCGGGUUCACCAACCUCCUCGCCGCCGCUAACCUCGCCGCCGCCGCUGGUGGUGGUGGUCCGGCAGGUACAGGCCCGCUCGCCGCCGCUGCGCAAGCUAGCUGCUGGGACAUCAACGCGCUCAGGCUCCAGGCCGACGCCGCCAAGUACCAGCUUCUUGAGGGCCUUGUCCGCGUGCUCACCGCCCCCGCCGCGCCCACCGUCGACCUCAUGACCCUCCUCGCCGCCGCCAAUGGAGGAGGGGCGGUCAGCGGUGGCCAUCACCAUCAGCUGCUCAGCGGCGUCGACCAGCAGAGCACCACCACCGCCAGCAGGGUCGUCCAGCAGUACGACGGCAUGCUCAGCCUUCCGGCGUUGACCAGCGUGCCGGCCGCGGUGACGACGACGCAGGGCAUGUCGUCCUCCGCCUACUCCCUCUCCGGGCUCCUCAACAGCUUCGGUGGUGCCGGGACGACGACGAACGCGCUCGCCGGGGACGGGCUCAGCUCUACAGAGCUCGGCCACAGCGGGGCCACCACCGGAAGCAACAUCACAGCCGCCGCGAUGCCGCCACCUUUGGCACCGGCGGCCGAGGGGUGUAAUGCCGGCAACGGCGUCGGCACGUCGUCCACCCCAUCCCCGUGCGAGGAGACGCCGGCGUCGAGCCCGUUCGACGGCCUGGACAGCCUCACCUUGGAUUUCGACCCCAACAGCGACAGUUGGAGAGAAUUGCUAGAGCAAAUGUCAUGGUUGAACAACCCCAAUGAUCAGCUGUGAGAAGAAAUGACACAUAUCUUUCAUAUAUAUAGGAGUCAGAUGAAGAACUGAUGAAAAGUUGAAAAGAUGGAUUGAUAUAUGAUGGAGAAACCGUUUCUUUGCAUGGAUUGGUUGUUGCAUGCACACUUCUUUGAAGAUGUGAAGUUUGUCUGUUGAUAGGAUAAAAGGUGGUUUGGCCCACUUUAUUUUAGCUAUGUACAAAGAACCAACGACAAAAAAUACAUAUGUAUACAUAUAUGCUCACCUAAACGAUUUCAAUUUGUUUUUUAGUUUUUUGCUUUUGUUUUGCCUUUGCAAGGAGGGCACACACACAUACACACAUAUAUACUUGUGAUGAUGAUUAGCUUGUGACACAUAUAAACUAAACAAGGCUUCCUUUUCCACA